AUGCCCGAGGAUCUGGAGAGCCGCAGGCGAAUUUUGGCCAACAAUACUGGCGCCGUCAGCCAAGCCGUCGUCUACCCAGCUGGAUUCGACCAGAAUGUUACCAGUGGUGUAAAGUUCGUUACCGACAUCAUCAAAUAUGGCCUUCAGGAUUGUCUGAAGCAAAAGUACUUCCUCUUUGGCUAUUCUCAGGGCGCAACUGUGGUUUAG